AUGGCUAGACAAUUUAGUUCCUGCUCUUCAUCCUCAGCUACAUUCUCAACUUCUUCAUUCAGGAAUGAGACACACCUGUACACAAAAUUCACCAUUGUACAAACAAGAACCUAUUCCUCCACAUGGGUAUCUCAGGUUCGUUCAAGAAUCUACUCAGGGAAACAUUUCGUGCUCAAAUCCUCGAAUGGAUACCCUGUAAAUGCCGUUUCUUUGCAGGAUGGUUUAGCUGAAAAGCCUCUUUCUAGAGAAAGCAGUGAUCCUCUAUUGAUGGGGAGUUCUACUCCCUCGGAAUCAGGAGAAACAGAAUCCACUCUCAGCAUAACAGUCAUUGGAGCUUCAGGGGACCUUGCCAGGAAGAAGAUUUUCCCAGCACUUUUUGCUCUUUUUUAUGAAGAUUGCCUGCCUGAGAAUUUUACGGUUUUUGGUUAUGCUCGGACAAAAAUGACUGAUGAAGAGCUGAGGAACAUGAUUAGCCAAACCUUAACUUGCAGAAUUGACAAGAGAGAAAAUUGCGAUGACAAAAUGGACCAGUUUCUAAAAAGAUGCUUUUACCACCCUGGUCAAUACGACUCUGAGGAGAAUUUCUCAGAAUUGGAUUGCAAGCUCAAAGCUAAAGAGGAAAACAAACUGUCAAAUAGGUUGUUUUAUUUGUCUAUUCCUCCAAAUAUAUUUGUGGAUGUGGUGAGAUGUGCUAGCCAGAGAGCCUCUUCAAAGAAUGGGUGGACAAGGGUCAUUGUUGAAAAGCCUUUUGGUCGUGAUUCAGAGUCAUCUGGAGAGCUCACACGGUGUCUAAAACAAUAUCUAAUUGAGGACCAAAUAUUCAGGAUCGAUCACUACUUGGGAAAAGAGCUUGUUGAGAACCUAUCAGUUCUUCGGUUCUCAAACCUUGUUUUUGAGCCUUUAUGGUCAAGGAAUUACAUUCGCAAUGUGCAAUUCAUAUUUUCUGAAGACUUUGGCACAGAAGGACGGGGAGGAUACUUUGACCACUACGGAAUCAUCCGAGACAUAAUGCAAAAUCAUCUUCUGCAAAUAUUGGCGUUAUUUGCAAUGGAAACUCCUGUAAGCUUGGAUGCAGAAGAUAUUAGAAAUGAAAAGGUAAAGGUUUUGAGGUCAAUGAAACCUUUGCAACUUGAAGAUGUGGUAGUAGGUCAAUAUAAGGGCCACAACAAGAGUGGGAAAACCUAUCCUGGGUAUAUCGAUGACCCCACUGUGCCACAGGACAGUCUCACUCCAACAUUUGCAGCAGCAGCACUCUUCAUUAAUAACGCCCGCUGGGAUGGGGUUCCUUUCUUAAUGAAAGCAGGCAAAGCUCUCCACACAAGAUGUGCCGAGAUAAGAGUACAGUUUAGACAUGUCCCAGGCAAUUUGUACAAGCGAAACUUUGGAACUGAUUUGGAUAAGGCCACUAAUGAGCUAGUGCUCCGUGUUCAACCAGAUGAAGCCAUAUAUCUCAAGAUCAACAACAAGGUUCCUGGCUUAGGAAUGAGACUGGAUCGCAGUGACCUCAAUUUGCUCUUCAGGGCAAGGUAUCCGAGGGAGGUACCAGAUGCAUACGAGAGGCUGCUCUUAGAUGCAAUAGAAGGAGAGAGAAGAUUGUUCAUUCGAAGCGAUGAGCUUGAUGCUGCUUGGACCCUUUUCACACCACUCUUAAAAGAAUUAGAGGAGAAGAAGAUUGCACCGGAGCUCUACCCUUAUGGUAGCAGAGGACCAGUUGGAGCACAUUAUCUUGCUGCGAGACACAAUGUGCGCUGGGGGGAUCUUACUGAGGACUCGUGA